AUGAACAGCGUUAGACAUACUACAUCGGCAGCUGCUGCGACGGCGGCUGCCGCAGCUGCAUCAAUCAAUCAAUCGAAUGUAGACGAUAUGGAUGUAGAGGAUGUGGUCAUGGCCCCAUACUCCUCAACGAAUUCCCAACAACAACAACAAGAUAGUACGCAAACAUCGUCAUCACAACAGCAGCAACAAGGAGAUGAGGAUGAUGAAAUGGAGGAGGGCGAAGAGAAGUCACACAUCGACCUGAUCGUGUCAAGACUGAAGGACAAGUUCAACAGUGUCGAUCAAACUGGCAUGUACGUGUCAUUCCUGGACCUUAUCAGCAAUCCGCCAAUCAACAACAUUGGUGCCAACAGUAACUCCCAUAGUGGCGGCAACAGCAGCAGUAGCAACAGCAAUGGACAUCACAAGGCCAGGCCUAAAAACGAGUAUAGGACACCAGUUCAAAUCACGAUUAAACAGGAGGGCGCAGCGAGCGAAAGACAGUCACAACUACAACAGCACAGGAAGCAUGGAGGUGGCGGCGGACACGCCAACACCAAGCGGACCCCGGCAAUGACCGUGUCAUCAAUCCUCAAGAUUAUGACCAGUCCAAUCGGGCCAAUGCUCUCCCCAAUCAAUGACAGUGGUUCCAGCGAGACGAUAUACAACAGCAACAACAUGGAUGAAGAUGAGCCAAACUCUCCACCGCCGCCGCACAAGCCCAAUCAUUCGAUCGCAGCCAAAUCGAAGCAGGUCAUCGAUGAACCAUACACCAACAAGCGAUCAGCUGCUACUGUUGCUUCCACAGUGCCUGAAAGCACUUCGACGACUACCGGAUCAUCUACCUCAACAACAAGUGACAAGACACCAACAAAGGCCAAGACGACACAUGAAUCCACAAACGAAACAAUCAAGCAGCAACCCAACACAACAUCAGCAUCAACGUCAACAACAUCAACAUCAACAAAGGAGGAGUCCAAGAAGGGCUUGAAACUUACAAUCAAGCUUGAGCGUAAGAAUAUUGUUGGCGCCGCUGCAGGACAGUCCACAUCAUCUUCCUCAACUACUACCACCACACCGUCCGCGACCACAACACCAUCCGAAGCAGCACAAUCAACCAAAGUAACAACAACACCAUCAUCAUCAUCGAGCAAUGUACAAAGACCAACACCUCAGAAACAACAACAAGCAACAACACCUGAAAAGAAGGACCAUGACAACAAUAACAACAACAAUAGCACAACAAAGAAGAGAGCACUGCCUCAGGACGACCAACCAUCAACACGUUCAGCCAACAAUAGCAUUAAUUUGGACACUGGAAGUGAUGAGGGUGAAGAGGAUGAAGAUGACCUGUUUGGUGACAGAGCCAUCAACGAGAAUACAUCAGCCAAACCUAAGGAGCCGACCAGGGAUGACAAGGAGUCCAGUAGUAGUAGCAGCAGCAGAGCCAACAAGAAGCUCAAAACCAUCGACGGCACCAGCAUCGCCACUGACUCCCCAUCCACCAAACACAAGACAAAGAGUGGGAGUAGUAGUAGUAGUACGCAAUCAGAUAUGGAUAUUGAGCCUGCAGGUGGAUCUCUAAAGGACAGGGACAGAGAUAGAGACAGAGACAAGGACAAAGAUAGAGAGAAGGACAAGGAGAGAGACGGCAGCAGAGGAAGCAAAGAGAAGAAGGCAGUGGAAAGGGAAGGAAGCUUCAACAACAAGGACAAAGACAAGGACAACAAAGAUAGAGGUGACAGAGAUAGAGGCGACAGAGAUAAUAGAGAGCGUGAGAGAGAUAAGGAGAAGGAUAGGAGAAGCGAGUCAACACCAACGAACGCGUCUUCAAAGAAGAAGGAGGUGGCUCACUAUUCACCACCCUCCAAUCCAUUCGCCGUGACCGAGGAGGAGAAGAAGAACAUCGAGAUGGAGAAUGGCAUUAGACGACGGUCAUCCAGUCGCAAUGGCAGGGACAAGGGCAAGCGAGCCGACGACAGAGAUAGUAGAGAUGGAAGAUACAAGGACAAGGAGAAACCAUCAUCAGAUAGAGAUCGCGACAGAGAUAGAGACAGAGAGAGGGAGCGUGACAGAGAACGUGAACGCGAGAGAGAUAGGGAGAGAGACAGGGAGCGUGGAAGCGGUGGCGGUGGUGGUGGAAGAGAUCGCGACAGAGACAGAGACAGAGAGAGAGAAAGAGAGAAGGAGAGGGAGAAGGAAAGGGAGAGAGAUCGCGACAGAGAUAGAGAUAGAGAGAGGGACAAGGACAAGCCAAGGAACAGCAGAGACAAGGACAAGGAGCGAGGAAGAGACAAGGAGAAGUCGAGGGACAGACUGUCCAGCGCAGCUCAACAACAUAGACGCGAGUUUUUGGAGACGCUGGACACGCUGGCCAUGGAGGAGACGGCCGUGGUACCCAUCAAGCUGAGUAAAGAGGAGGAGAAGUCACAUCGAAACGACAUCAAUCGACUCAAGAACGAAUCAAAAGAUCUCAAGACCUCUGCACAACAGUUACAUCAGUUUGGCGAAACAGAAUGUUUGGUACUCUUCCUUCAGAUUGGUCUCAAGUAUAUUCUCAUUGCUCAUCUUAUGACAUCCAUCGACGACUUGACAAAGACCUAUGCCUACUUUUCAUCUAUUGGAUCAUUCUUUGAUGGUAUUGCCAACAUUGCCAUCGGUUUCAAAUUGGAAGCAAGCGCAUCAUACUUUUUGAAAUGUGCAUCCUUCUGCUAUGCCAAGUCGUUCAAUCUGAAGAAAGAACAUCUUAAGCACUCAAGGAGGGAUCUAAUGCAUCAAUACUCUGUACCAAACAAGACACAUUCGUCACAUUCUUCAUCAUCCUCAUCAAUGGAGGUCAGCCACUCUGGUACCUCCUCUCAAAUACCUCUUACUCCCACCACUGGACCCUCUUCUCCACUGCCCUCACCACGUGACACCUCUGGCGGCGGUAACAGUAGCACUGGCACUGGAGGCACUGGUGGCAACAGCAAUCACCGACUGUCAAGCUUUUUGCGAGAGUCUGAAGAUCUAUUCAACUUCUUUGAGUGCCAGGAUAGGGCAAACAAGAUGGCGAAGCACAACCCUCAUUGUAUGGUAUUCGACAAGGACUACUUCUCCGAACCUUGCAUGACAUUCAUCGAUUAUGUCAGGAAGGAAUGGGAGAGGAUGGCGCCAAACACACGAAAGUGA